AUGGAAAGGCGCGCAGUGAGCGGUCGGGGAGAACCCAUCCCCAGUAUCCUUAAAAAGUCAAAAAAGCAUCGCGCCGGCGACCUUGUUGACAAAAGCACUAAAAUCAAACGGGAAAAGAACAGCUCCAAAAAGGGUGAUGUAAACAUACCGCUUCCGCAAGGCUGUACUCCACUUAUGUAUGCCUGCCAACAAGCCAACUAUAAGUCUGUUGUUGAAACGCUCAAUAAAGAUCCAUCGUCAGUCCGCGUGCGCGACCGAGGACUUCGCUGUGCGCUGCACUACUGUGCCUCGAGCGGCGCGGGCGCAAGCCAGGCGGCGCGCGCGGCUUGUGCGGACCGCGUGCUGAUGGCCGCCCCGGCGCUGGCAGACGCACGGGACGCUGACGGACUUACUCCUCUGCACUUAGCCGUCGUACACGGAAACGUGCCGCUAGUUCAAACUCUUCUAGCUGCUGGUGCUGACGUGAAUGCUAAAGACAAUGAACAGCACACCGUUGUGCAUUGGGCUACAGUAUGUGGCGAAGUUGGUGCGCUUAGAGCAGUUUUAGCUGCUGGGGCAGAUGCAGCGACCCCCGACCAGCACGGCGGCUAUCCACUGCACUACGCGGCGCAAAUGUGCGGCGCGCCUGCUGCUACCGAUCACCAGAGCAGAGGAGCCGCUUUGGAAGUUCUUCGGGCAUUAGUAAGAGAAGGUGGGGCUCGAGUAGAGGUACGAGAUGCCGAUGGUCGUACUCCUUUACUAUGGGCUGCUUCUGCAGGGUCAGCUGCAGCAGUGCUCGCUCUACAUCAAGCAGGUGCAAGUGUUGAUGACUCAGAUAGAGAUGGCUUGACAGCCCUUCAUUGUGCAGCAGCACGGGGACACACUGAAGCGCUAGAAACAUUGGUGGGUCUAUGUGGAGCUCGUGUCGACGUAGCUGAUUCACAUGGCUGUACUCCUUUGCAUUAUGCAGCUGCCUUAGGUCAUGCAGAUGCAACAUCAGCUCUACUUGUACAUGGUGCGGACUCUCAUCGCCAGGAUCGCAGAGGCAGAAGUCCUGCCCAUACUGCGGCUGCAAAAGGACAAAUUGAAACAGUUCGCAUUUUAGGGGCAAGGGGAGCUAAUCUAUGGUUACGAAAUUCUAAAGGAGAUUUGCCUUUGCAUGAAGCCGUAGCAUCAGGGCGCAGGGAAUUGGUUAAAUGGUUACUAGACGGAAGGCCGUCACAAGUUAAUGCAACAAAUCAUGAAGGGCGUACACCUCUACACAUUGCUGCGGCGACAGAUAACGCUGAUCUUUGUCGCUUAUUAUUAGACCGAGGAGCCGAAAUUAACCCAGUUGCGAGGUCAUCUAAAAAUGAACCACUAACCCCUUUAGACUGUGCAACAAGUAGAGGUCAUCGUUCAACUGCUAAAUACUUACAAAUGCAUGGUGGUUUGCCCUCUUCUAAGCUUUCUAAUACUCAAAUUGUCAUAGAUGGCGCACAAAUCACAGGUUUACCGACAAGAAAAGUAACAAGUACUAAAAUUGAUGUGCGUGACCGGAUAAGAAUUGAAAAACGUGAAGUUGUCGAGCUGUCGAGUCCAGCUAUGGAUAAAAGGAAGACUAUAGAUGAUCAUGAUAUCGAAUCGAAGAGUAGUUCUUCGUCUGAAGAUAAAAAAAAUAUAAGAAGAGCGCAUAAAAAAUAUAGUGAUAGAUACUCCGAAAGAAGAAAGAAAGUGGUAGAAAAACAAAAAAGUUUUAGUGAUGGUUACGAUAGUGAAUUUGAAGGUAAUGAAAAGUAUAAAGAACGUAAACUAAAAGUAAAAAAGGAAUCAAGAGCAAAGAAGAAUAGAUCAAAGAGUGAGCCUUCGAGACGGAGCAAAAGCAGCCCAAGGUAUCACAGUCGAUAUACAAGAUCUACUUCUGAAAGUUCAUCAGAAACAUCAAGUUGUGCGAAGAGAAGAAAAAGUAAACGACAUAGGAAGCGUAGUAAGCGAAAAAGUUCGUCUACGUCUAGUUCUAGUUCAGAAUUAAGUGCACGACAUAGCACAAAACAAAGGGCUAAAAAAACAUCCAUUCAUAUUGAAAAUGAUGAUAUAAAACAAAAAGUUAAUAUUACUAAAUACAAAAAUAUUGAACAGCCUCAGGGCACUGAGGUUGAAGAGAAAGAGACUAUAACCACCAAAACGCAGCCAUCAGUUGCCAGCACAGAUGGACAGCCCGUAAAAGAACCUCAAAUGCUAAAAACCAAGACUCAUAGCGAAACUGAAACUGAUACUCUUUCUGUCAAAACUAAUAUGGUAAUAACUGAAGCUCAAAUACAUAUGGAGCGUGAAUCUACUCAACACGGAAGCUCUGAAUUAACAGUCACUGUUGAUUCUUCUAAUAAUGUUUCUAUAGAAACUGCGAACUUGUCUGUUACCCAUAAAGACGUAAGUGAAGAAAUAAAAGAAGAGGAUAAAACACAAAUACCUCAGAUAGAUAGAGAAAAUGCUACAAGCUUAUCAAAAGAAGAUAGCGAAAUGAAAUCUGAAGAAUUAAAAUCAGACACCAUUACUGAAAACGUUUUAGAAGCGGGAAGUAAAGAAUUAAUUGAUAAAGAGUCCAUAGAUGACAAAUCGAAAGAAAUAAAGGAUAUUAGUGAAACUAAGCUAGAGACUGUGAAUCAUGAUGAAGUUGACAGUGAACAAUCGAAGGAUUUGGAAAAAGAAUCUGAAAGCGUCGAUAAACGAAUGGAUGAAAAGGCUAGCAUCGGUGGUAGUGAAAAGAAAAAGGAUAAAGAAAGUAGUCGUAGCGGUAGCUCUGAAACAAGAAAAACAUCUUUUCAAGUGUUAUCUGGACCAGAUGAAAUUGAUAAGGAAAAAAAGGAUGAAACUCUACCAGACAUAAAUAAAGAAAAAGGAGUAUCUCUCGAUAAAGGAUCUCCUAGUGUAUCUUUUUCUAAUAAAGAUGAAGUUUUCAAAAUUAAAGAUUCUGAAAAUGAAUCUGAGCAAGUGUUGGGUGAUAACAAUGAAUCUGGAAUGGACGUUGAGAAAGUUGAAAGUAAAGCUAUUCUUGACAACGAAAUAAUUCAAGCAAAGGAGAAAGAAAUUGUAACACCAUCAACUAAUGGUGAAAAGGACCUUAUUCCAGAUAAAGGUAUCAUAACAAUUUUUGAUGAUACAUCGUUUAAAGACCGAGGACUGCAAGAAGUGAUAUCGCAAGAUGAAGAAAAAGAAUAUGAUACUGACCUCCCUACAACACAGAUUUCCCCGAGUCGUGCUAGUAAAUUUUCAAAGGAUAGCCAAUUAAGUAGUAGAAAAAGUAGUAUUUAUGAGACUGAAAGUUAUAAGGUACUUUCAGAUACUAUUGACACUGCUGAUUUAAGCCCAGGAAUAUUAAAAAAAUCCAGAAGUUUGAUAGAUGAAGAACAUAAUAUUAAUGAAGAGAUAUUACGAAAAGAUAGCUCAUUUGGAAGAAUCCCUAGCAUUAGUGAUAACGAAAUAUAUUACAGUCAUUCUGAAGCGAAUGGCAGAAGAAAACGAUUUCGUAAAAAAGGCAGAAUGAAAAGUCGACUAACAAUAAGAUCUAAAAGUGAAAAUUCCGAAAGAGGCUAUGAGUCUAGUGGGUUACUAGACUCUGGGUUCGAACCUAGCCCUCGUCCUGUUCAACGAUGUAUUAUGAGUCCAAGAUUAAAUGCAUAUUAUCAACAACGGAAAAGCGCGAGAAAUAUCGGCAAAACAGACAGUAAGAUACCAGUGAGGAAACCAGGUGAUAAAAAAGCCGUAGACAUGAAAUCUGUCACUCAGAGGAUUCAAACAAAUAUGAGGAGAUAUUAUUGCGAACGAAAAAUUUUUCAACACUUACUGGAAUUAAAGCGACUGCAAAUAAGAACAAGUAAAGCUAACGAGGCCGUCCUAGUAAAAAGAGCCAUCGAUGAAUACAAUAAAUCAAGUCUCAGUAAUGUAGGUUUAGGCCUCUAUAAUAGUACUGAUUACUCAUUUAGUAGUUUUGAAAAAUUUCUUUAUGACAGCUUAAGAAAAUUGCAAAAAAGUGGAAAAAGACACUUAGACAAGCUUCCGGAGAAGCCAAUCGAUUUCGAUUACGGAGAAAGUGAAUUGUAUAAAAUGAGCGGUAUCCCUGAUAACCCAUGCUUGUGCACAAGUAAGACACAUCGAUGUUUCCAUGCUGUACACGCUUAUACUGGAAUUCCUUGUUCGGCUUAUAUUCCUUAUAAAUGGAAUCAUCAUACAAUGCCUAAGCCUGCAACAGCGGGUACUAGUAAAUCGCGAGGAUUUUUGCCAAAAAUUAAUUCAAAGCCACCUUCGGGAAAAGCUCAUGUUACGCUUGAAGUGUCACACGGUUCUGAGAGACAACUGAUCGCAUUACCGGCCGAGCGACUGGACAGAAACAAGAGAUACUACGUAACAUUUACAGUCAAGGGAUCGGAACCUCCAUCAGAUAACGAUAAUGCUUCUCCCAAAUCAUCCAAAACAGUGCGCAGUCUUGAC